UUUUAUACGUGAAAGGUGAUUCUUUAUUCAAUCUGAUAGAAUCAAUCGUCGUAAAGCACUUUACGCUGAAUAUUACUAGGACAAUUCAAGAUACUUAAUUCAAGAUAGCAAUGAAUAAACAGGUAAGAAGAAUCGACACUUCGAAGAAAACGAAAUGUUCGUGUCUGACAAACACCGUAUCAAGUAUAAUUGGUCGACUUGGUGUAAUAAUUAGUCGAUAUCCCCUUUAUUUUGUCAUUGCUCCUGUCAUACUCUCUGCUUUAUUAUCAAUUGGGCUGAUUGGAAUUCAAACCAAUGACGACACCGAUUUUCUCUUUACUGCGGAUAGAGUAAAUGACAGAGAAGGCAACAUUUUACGCAAAGAAUUCUUAGACGAAAUACAAAUUGUAGAUCAGGUUGUAAAAAAUACCACAGCUUCUGUAAAUGGAAAGAAUAUCGUUUAUUCGGACGCGUGCCACAUUAAAGAUGGCAAGUGUUUAGAAAACACUCUUAUUGAUCUUCUAAACAACUCCAAUAAUGCUAUUCAUGAAAUAUUAAAAAUGAAGUAUCCUGUCAAUAUGGAUUCUGUAACAUACGCGUACAAAAUCCUUUCUCUGAAUUUAGGAGGGGUGACGACAGACGACAAAGGAUAUAUAAAAGAAGCAAAAGCCGUUCGUUUAUUGUAUGUACUAGAUGAAUCGAACGAAAAUAAGAAAAAGUGGAAUGAAGAAUGGACAAAGGCAGUUUAUAACAAGUUGAAAGAUUAUACCUUCGAACAUAUUAAAACAUUUUCCGAACCAUUCUCGUCUACGGAUUAUCAAAUAAAACGCAUUUCACAGAAAUUAGUGUCUUUGAUAAGCGUGGCUGUGGUCGUAGUGGUCAUUUUCUGCGUGUCGACGAACAUGACUAACAAUUGGGUGAAGUCGAAACCCUGGUUAGGCGUAGCUAGUGUCGUGUCCGCCGGCCUGGCUGUGGCCACAGCGUUUGGAUUAUUAUCUGCCUGUGGAGUGGAAAAUCUUCAGUUGAGUGUCGGCUUACCUUUCCUUAUUCUCGCUACGGAAGUGGACGACUCGUUUGUCGUAUUGGCUUGUUGGAAGGUAACAGAUUGCAAUGACAGCGUAGAAAAUCGAAUGGAACAGACGUAUCGCAACGCAGCAGUGUCUAUCACCAUAACGUCUGUAACGAAUUUCUUCUCCUAUUGUAUUGCCAUGACGUCACCAUUCCCGGGUAUUAGAAUAUUCUGUUUGUAUGCUGCAACAAGCAUCUUCUUCAGUUAUUUCUUUCAGUUGUUUUUCUUCGGCGGAUGUUUAGCAUUAAGUGGAUACAGAGAAGAGAAGGGUCUUCAUCCUUUUACAUUUAAACCAGCUUUUG